AAAGUCAAUCGUAGAGAGGAAAAGGCGGAGCCGCCGGCCGGCCGGUGGAGGGGUUGGGGGUGCAAAAAAAAAAAGGAAGUCGGACCAGGGAGAGGGGGUCCGGGGGCCGGUCUCGCAGCUUCUCUCCGGGUGUGGAAGCCAACCUCAGAGUGUGUCCCCCCCCCCCCUCCCGGGGGCGAGAUCCCAUCGACCGAGGAGAUAAAAGGAGCGGGCGGGCGGGCGAGCGGCCGUCCGCCUCCCCUCCCCUCCCCUCCGCCAUCUUGGUGAUGGCAGCGGCGGCGACGGGCGGAGCGGCCGCAGCGGCGGCGGAGGGGGCCCCCACCACCACCACCACCACCUCACGGCAGGCGGGGGCCGGCGGCCAGUGAGAUCCGGCGCUGAGGGGGGGGAAGGAGAGACGCCGGGCGGACGGGGAUCGGAUCGGCGGCGGCCCUCCCUUAAAGGCGCCGGCGCCCACCUUUCGUGUCGGAGGACAUUUAUUCGUCAGCGGACAACCUUCCCCCCCCCCACCAGGAAAAGACUUUUUUUUCUGUCGGAGGACAUUUAUUCCCCCCCCUUAGGAAAAGCUUUUUUUUCUGUCGGAGGACAUUUAUUCACCCCCCCCUCCUCAGGGCAAACUUUUUUUUCUGUCGGAGGAUAUUUAUUCCUCAUCCCCUUUCUCCCCCCCCCCAGGAAAAAACUUUUUUUUUUCUGUCGGAGGACAUUUAUUCCUCAUCCUUCUUCCCCCCCCCCCACACACAGUUAAAAUUUUUUCUGUCGGAGGACAUUUAUUACCACCCCCCCCCCCCCCCGGAAGAACUUGUUUUUUCUGUCGGAGGACAUUUAUUCCUCAUCUCUCUCUCUCUCCCCCCCCCCGGAAAAAAACUUUAAAUUUAGGAGGACAUUUAUUCAUCAUCUUUCCCUCCACCCCACCCCCCAAGGAAAAAACUUUUGUGUCAGAGGACAUUUAUUCAUCGUCUUCCCUACCCCCCCCCCACCCCUCAGGAAAAACUUCUUCCAAACUCUGAGGGAAGUUUAAGGAAGGAAAAGUGGGGGGGAGAGGACUUGAACUGAUUUCUGCUCACUCCCCCCCCCGCCCCAAAGUUUUUAAUUUUUUUAAUAUAUAUUUCUAUAUUGUUUUUGGUCGGGAGGGGGGUUUUAUCUGUGUCCUGACUUCUGGAGGAAGAGGACGAGGACGAGGAGGAGGAAGAGGGUUUCAUCUGUGUCCUGACUCCUGGAGGGAGGAGGAGGAGGAAGAGAUACCUGUGUCCUCGCUCGCCGCUGGAAGGACAGGAGGGAAAGGGCUUCGACUCGUUUCCUAUCUGUUCCCCCCCACCCGAUCGGAGGUGACAGAGGGGGCAGAGGUGAAGAAAGAGGAGCAAUUGAAAGGACUUGACUCUGUUCCAACUCCACCCCCCCCCCCCCCCCCACCAUCUGAGGUGACAGAGGAAGAAGGAAGAGGAAUUGAAAGGACUUAUUUCCUAUUUCCCGCCACCUUUCAAAGUGACGGAGGAGGAGAAGGGAUUAAAAGGGUCGUGGCAUCUUGAAUCUUGCACAAGGCGUCUCUGGGGGGGGGGGGGAAGGGGUGUGCGCGUGUGUGUUUGACGUUCAACGUCGCAGAGGUGUAAUCUUCCCCCUCACUCAUUGCUCUCCGUCGACUUCGCUGCCGGGAUAUUUAAUUCUUUCAGCCCACCAGCCCCCUGGAGGAGACAGAACUCCUGGAAUAGGGAUUGCUCGUGUUGUGUGUGUGUGUCUGCGCCUUCUCAUUUUGUUUCUGAGGAGGUCUCUGGAAGUCCCGCAGGAGGUCUCUGGAAGUCCCGGAGGAUACAGUUCCCUGGAGCAGGGAUCGUGUAUUUUUUUACAUUUGAAGAGUCCUUCCUUUUUUUCCCCCAAAAAAUUAAUUCGCACCCCCUUUCCGUCGCAAAGACUUCUGUUGAGUUCCAAGUCCUGGUGUUUCUCGACUUGCGGGGCGGUGGGUGGUGGGUGGUGGGGGGGGGGGGGGGGUUCCUCAUCGCGAGAAGUCUCAAAGCAAGGUUACCCUCCCUGCGAGGACUUUGGCUGAGGUUAGCAGACGUAGGGAGGUGGAGGACAAGACAGCUCCCUUGCCCAACCUCAUCGCGAUAAGUCUUAAAGCAAGGUUUCACGCUCCGCCUGGACUUCGGCUGAAUUUAACAGACUUAGGGAGGGAGGUGGACAACACAGCUCCCUCACCCAACCUUGUAUUGGUUUUCUCUGGAAUAUUUACAUCUGGAGUGGUAUUUCAGAGGGACGUUUCUCUUAAAAGGAAGAAAAAGAGAAUUCUUUCGUUGUUAUCCUAAAAGACAACCAAAGGGAGCGUUGACCAUGGACGGGACUCCGAGGGUGGGCGGCUAUCGACGGAGCAGGAGGUCGCGUUCCCAGAGGGACCGGGAGAGGAAGCUGGCCGUCCCUGGGGGCAGGGAGCCCAGGCCCUACACCCCUUCCUCCGGCUCGGAGCAAGAGGGAGCAGAGGGUGCCGGCUCGUCACGGCCCAGGCCCCCCCGGCGCAGGAGGAGGGACUCAGCGUCCUGCGAGGAGGACGUCAUCGACGGGUUCGCCAUCGCCAGCUUCAUCUCGCUCGAGACCUUGGAGAAGGAGGCAGCGCUUAAGCCCCCGGAAAGGGCGGAGGGACAAAGGAAGAGGCCGGACAAACGCAGGUCUGAGGAGCAUGGGACAAGCUGGCCAGGCGAGGGGUGCAGGGCGAACGAGGGCUCCGACGCGGAGCGGGCCAGGCAGAACGGAGAGCAGGAGGGCAAGAAGGCACCCCCUGCUAAAAAGGUGAAGAUGAAAGGACAGAGUCAUGGUAACGAAAGCACAGGCGGCGAGAACGGGAGUUCCUACCGCAGCAGCUCGCGCGGGCCGGGCAGCGAAGAAUCUGUGCACUCAAGUCUCGGAACAGGAUACUUUUGUGACAUCGACAGCGACCCAGACGAGAAGUCCGUCUGCAACGAUCCGGUCCGAUGUCCGAAGCUGGAGGACCCCCCUGCCUCGCCGCACGGAGUCCCGUCCGUGUGGAAAAGCAGCCUGCUUGCAGCCGGUGACGAAGGGCUCUCAAAGCUGUUCAGCACAGCCACCAAGAUAGCCCCUGGCCUGUGCAGCAGUCUGACCCCCCUACCCGAUGCCAAGGUGUCCGGCCUGGACCGCAGCCGGGAGAGGAGCCAGGAGUCGGACCGGGAGCCCCCGCCCGCCCCCCGCACCCCGUCCCGGACCCCCGCGGCAGCCGCCGUGCCCAUCCCGCAGCCUGGACCCCCGGCUCCUGACGAGCUGCGACCCGCUGGGGACCCCCGGCAGCCCAGCCCGCAGGCUCCCGUCCCGGCACAGACCCAGGCACUGCCCCGGGUGCAGCCCUUUGCCCAGGGCUAUGGAGGGAGCAGGAGCAGCACCCCGUCGAAGCCUCUGGCCCCCUCGUCGCAGCUGCCCCACCGGGCCUCGACACCCUCCUCGCUCUCGCUGGGCCUGAGCAGCCACCCCGGGGCGCACGGCUUCGCCCCCGCCCUGCGGCCCCCCUCCCAUCCCCACCACCCCGGGGUGUACACCCCCUCGCCCGGGCUGCCCCCGCCUCCACCUCUCACCUCUGCCAUCUUCCAGGUAGCAGGGCACCCAUCUCCGGCAUCUGCUGCGGCCUUCUCAGAACAAGAGCUGAUCCGGCAGGAGUUGAACUCCCGAUACCUGAGCUCGCAGGGACCGGAGCGCGGCUCUUCGCUGGGACCCCCCUCCUUCCAGUUUCACCAGCACCAGCACACCCACCAGCACACCCACCAGCACUUCGCCCCCUACCCUCCCAUUGCUCAGGCCAGCCUGGUUCCUGCCCCCGCGGCCCCCAUGUACUUCCAGACGUACCAUGCUGCCUCGCCCGCGGUCCCCACUGUUCUGCCCACCACAGGACCCUUCAGCUCCCUGCAAGGUGCCUUCCAGCCCAAGACCCCCAACACGGAGUUGGCCUCCCGGCCAGGACCAAUUCCCCACGCUCUCCUGCGCAAGGACCCCAGGUUAACGGAAGUCUACCGGCCUCAAAUGAGGAAGCAGGGUAAAUGGUGCGCCAUGCACGUGCGGAUUGCGUGGAUGAUCCACCGGCAUCAGGAGAAGAACAAGAUGUUACAGGUGGAACACCAGAAGCUGGACCUGGCCAAGGCCGACCUCCUGUCCAGGGGAGCCAGUGUCUUCAGCCCCAUCACCCCCGCCCACGAGCUGGCCCGUCCCAUCACGCUCUUCACCGCCACAGGAGCCGUGCACCCAGCGACGUCGCCCUUUGUGCCCCCGAGCGCACUCAGUCCCUUCCUCAACGCCGCGCCUCAUCUCGAUCCCUACACACGGUCCCCCAGCUACAGCGCCAUCGGGCAGCUGCCCAACGCUGCCUUCGGAGGUCUUGGCAACCCUGCAGUCGCCAGCGCCGUCUUUGCCCCCAAGGAGUGCCCGGCUGCCCCAGGUUACGGCAGCUCCCGGGAUCAGUGGAACCGCCUGCACCAGACCCCUCCUUCGUUCCCCACCCCGCCACCACCGCCUCCGUGGCCCCGGCUGGGGGAGCCGGACAGGGAGAGGGAGCGCGUCCUGCCCUCGGAGAAGGAGGCCGUGACGGACAGACACGAGGUCCUGCUCCUCAGGGACGAGAAGGAGAGCAGGGAUGGACCCUACCCCCGCCACCACUUCCGAGUGACCGACGAGGAGAGGGGGCCGCCGGCGCUCCCGCCCCACCCCCCCAGCGCCGGCUCCCUCUCGGAACGCCGCCACCCCCACCAGCGGGAGAAGCGAGACCGCCCUUGGAGCGAGUCCCGACUCCGGGACCGCCGGCGGGUCGGCGGGUUGGGUCAGGGGGAGGAGGAUGUUGGGGGUGGGGAGGAGGAGGGCGGCGACCCGCCCAGGAGGUCCGAGGCAGCGGGAGCUGGUUGUGAGGCAGCCUCAGGGAGCUUCCCCGGGCUCCGCGCCAUCCCCCUGCCCGUCCUACUCUCCCACGGGCACCCCCACCCCCACCAGCCGGCUGAGCUGGGACUCCUGGAGAGAGGCCGCCUCCUCGGGGGUCCCUACCUCCGGCUGGGACAGCCACCCCCCUACCCCUGGGACACCUGGCGGGACCUGACACCCCUGCCCCCCCCACACCACCCUCACCACCACUGCCCAGCCCGCGACGACGGGCACCCGCCGCCCCGGGACCCCCCCCCACCCCGGGAGGACUACGAGCAGAGGGCCCGGCUGAUAGCCGGGGGCUUCCUGGCCCCCUCCCACCCGCACCCUCCCCACCCCUACCCCCGCCUCAGCCCCUCUCUCCUCCUGCCCAAGACCCCGCCCAUCGGGGCCCCCCCGCCCCUUGUCUCCUCCUCGUCCACCCACUCCUCCUCCUCCGCCCCCUCGUCCCGCGGAAGGAGCUCCCUCCUCUCCGACCCCCGGGACUUCCCCCCUCACCCUCACAAGGAGCGGGACGCCAGAUAAUAUCCAGCCCCUCCCGUCUGCCCCCUCCCCGGAGGGGGGGAGGGGAGUGCCUCGAGGAGGGGUUGGGGGUGGGGAGGGAGGGAGAGGGGAGAGAUUCCUCCCCUUUUUCUGUCCCUAACCCCCCUUCCCGUCCCGUCCCAGAGGGGAGGGGAUCAACUCCCUUCCCCCUCAACCACUUUCCUCUGUUUCCCCGUCCCAGAGGGGAUGAACCCCCAACCCCUCUGUCCCCCGUCCCGUUCCCAUCUCAGAGGAGAGCUGGGCAUCCCCCCCCCUUCCUCUGUGUCCCCCUUCGCUCUCCCACCACCAACCCCCACCCCAUCAUGUCCCAGAGCUGCCCCCAUCCCCUUCCUGGGGGAGGGGGAGAGCAUUGUAUGGGUGAGAGCCCCCUUUCCCCGUUCUUUCCCCCCCCCCCCCCCCCCCCCCCCCCAAUCCUGUCCCAGAAGGGAUGGCACCAUCCUGGGACGGAGAACCCCCCCUACUCUCCAUUGCCCACCUUCUCCUCCCCGUCCCGUCCCACAGGCGACCUUCCCAGAGGGGCGAGAAAUGUCUCUCUGUCUCCCUACCCCCUGAGAAAACAAAGUUAAUAAUCCUGUAAAUACUUAUAUUAUAUAACCAGUGUGAUACAGUGGUUUUUUUUGGGGGGGGGAAGCAUUGACAGAGUAUUUUGUACAUUUUUAAAAAAGAAAAUAAGAGGUUUUUUUGGGGGGGAAUGUGAUUUUAACCAAAAGGGCAAAUUUUUAUCUGGGCUUCAACUCUCUCUCUCUUUUCGCUGUGUACGGAUUUUGUUUUUUUUUCCAAAAAGAA